ACUCAGUAAUGAUAAGCGCACCACGACGUUACAGUGAUCAUUUCGUCUUGGUUAGUGCGGGAGAAAGAGCUCGAUGGCGAUCGCGAACUUCUUUAAAAACUUCAGAUCCACUCAUUUGCUCGGCGCAACCGGACUGGUGGUUGCGGCCGCCGGUACGGCAUACCUCGUCUGGCGGCUUCGAGAACGGGCGGAGCCAGAGGAAGACCAACAGCACCUGGAGGCUCCAAUUGACGAUGUUGCUGGUGAAGACCAACAGCAGCUGGAGACUCCAAUGGACAAUGCUGCUGACAAAGACCAACAGCAGCUGGAGGCUCCAGUGGACAAUGUUGCUGGUGAUGACCAACAGCAGCUGGAGACUCCAAUGGACAAUGCUGCUGACAAAGACCAACAGCAGCUGGAGGCUCCAGUGGACAAUGUUGCUGGUGAAGACCAACAGCAGCUGGAGACUCCAGUUGACGAUGUCGCUGAUGAAGACCAACAGCAGCUGGAGUCUCCAGUUGAUUAUGAUAAUGGAGACCAGCAACAUCUGGAGACUCCAGAAGACGAUGUUGCUGACAAAAACCAACAGCAGCUGGAGUCUCCUGCUGAUGGCGACCAGCAUCCUAUCUUGGAUGAGAUUGUUGAGGAUUACAGCAGACACCUCACUGCCUCAGACUGCCAUCCGCUGCCCGGUCAUCCUCUUCUUGGUGCCAGAACGCUCAUCAGCCGAGGAAAGAAGCACUUAAAACAAGUUCGUGCCAUAAUCCUCGGCCGAUUACGCAUCGUCAACAAAAGGGCCAUCCGUGCACCCAGCACCGGGAACCCCAAAUGA